AGAAUAUUUUGAAGAAAUGGAAGAACAAAGCAAAACUAAUAAAAAAAUUAUAGAUAUUUUACAUGAAAUUGAUAAAAAUCCUUUUCGAUAUGAUCUAUAUUUAACUUUGAUCAAAAUUUAUAAAGAAAAUGGCGAUUUUGAAGAAUUACGAGAUGUUAGAAAAAAAAUAUCUAAUAUAUUUCCUUUGCCGCCUGAUAUAUGGCUAGAUUGGAUUAAUGAUGAGAUCCGCAUGCACGACGACGAUUCUCAGCAGAUUCCCGACCUAGUCUCUGCAAACGGAGAGAUAUCUACCGAGUUAAUGGUCGAUCCUAUUUUAACCCUAUUUGAACGUGCUGUCAAAGACCGGCUCUGCGUGGACACAUGGCUCGAAUACGCUCAAUACGCUGUGGGGCGAACUGGAACUAUAGGAGUUAGUGGUGUAAGGGCAAUACUCGAAGCUGGUCUCGCCCAAGCAGGGCUUCACGUUACCCAAGGGGCCCUAAUAUGGGACGCAUACCGCGAGUUCGAGUCUGCCUUAGCUGACGGCUAUGCUCAAGCCCUCGAAAUUGCGAUCCAACAAAUAACUCAAUUUACCCCGGCCUCAAGCCCAUCCGAGGUGGAGUCUGCCACCAGCCCCCUCUCCAUCGAAUUAUCGGCACAAGAUAAACGGGUUCUCUCGCUCUUUAAACGACAGUUGGCGGUCCCAUUGCUCGGUAUGGAGGCCACCCUAGGAGAAUUCCAAACAUGGUCUACUAAAAUGGGCCAGACUAAUCGGCUGCCUCAUCUAUUACUAACCGAGACCGAAGCCACUGUGAAAUGGGUUUUCGAGCCAGCCCAAGCCAAACUCGCCGAAAUUUUGUCCUACGAGGACGCCGUUUUUACCGCCCGCCAAGCCAUGCUUCAACUUUCCCCCGAACAUUUCAAUCACGAAGGUAACAAUAGUAUAGGGAUAGGUGAAAUGGGGGACGAGGGAUCCGUGGACGAUAAAAAAUUUAUAGACCGGACAGCUGACUUAGCAGAACGGUUAGAGCGAACCUCCCGUGACUUGCGUGAUUGUUAUCGUUCGUAUAUCCGAUAUGAGACGGAGGCUUGUUUUUCUUCCUCUACCCACUCUGGACUCAAGUUUAGAGUAAUACCCUCCCGAGUGGCUUGCUUAUACGAAAGAGCUUUAUCGGACCGCCCUGGAGAUGCAGACUUGUGGCGUGGGUACGCCCACGAUUUCUUUCUCCUCCGUUUGGACGAUCCCCGUGCCUGCCGUCGAGUGGCUCUAAGGGGGGUUCGCAACUUCUUAGCUCCUCCUUCCGUUUCCUCCCGGUCUUCAGGGGCUGGUGGCGGCGGAACGGGUACAGCAUUUGUACACUUGUGGACUUCCCUGCUCACUUGCCAUGAGCGGGAGAUCGAUAUGGAUUUGUUUAUAACCGAAGAGGUGAACUCUAUCAGGGCAUUUGGCGGAAUGAGUGGUGCGACCGUUAACGGGGUAGGAAUGAUGGAGACUGGCGUAGAGAUUUUGGACCAGGCAAAGUUCUUUUCUUGGGAUGCUUCCGACUUGAUCGAAUUUAUUACUGCUGGUCCCACUCAUUCAGCGAAUCUUUUAAACCGUUGGACUUAUCCGAAAGAAUGGCUGAGUCUUGCUCUAAAAUACGGUAUCGAAUUGCCUUCCCGAUUGAAGCCCGACUAUUGGAAUAAAAAAUUACCCACAGGAGGUCGCGUUAGGGAUUCCGCCGCUCGCGCUGCAAAGAACUCGGUUCACAUUUUUAUGUUCUAUGCAGAGUUUUGCCGAAGACGAUUGCAUCUCUUGGAAAAGAUUAACUCUUCCGAUGCUAGAAACCGCGCCCAAUCGGAAUUGAGGAAUGCUUUCGAAAUGGCUUUAAAUUACAUGCGAAACCAUUUUUCUGACGCCGUUUUUGAUUCCCAGCUUUGUGACGAUGCCAUCAUUCCUAUAUGCCACUUUUGGGCCCAGGCGGAGACCCAUAUAUUCAAGGACAUAGACCAGAGUCGUAAAGCUUGGAACCAAUUAGUCAGGAUCGCUAGUUCCUCUAGCCACAUUUGGCUGGAUUGGUACAACUGUGAAAAAUCUAAUGGAUACAUCGAGAAUGCACGAAAGAUUUUGUGGCGGGCCUUGAAUAAUCAAAGCAUUGAUAAGAUUGAAUGGAUAACCGAUGCUUUGCUCAAUCACGACAGGGUGUAUGGAACUGACUUAAAGAUCUGGCAAGAGACCGCCGCUAAAAUAACCGAAGUGAUUCAUCGAGCUGCUGAACGUAAACGGAAAUUGGCGGAAACCGAGAAGGAAACCGAUCGCGACAAACGAGACAACAAAAAAAGACGGAAAAGCCGCGGCCGAAACGAGAGGAACAAGAGGCCAGAUCGCUCUGAUACGCGCGAUAAAGGUUAUCAAAGAAAAUCCGGAAAUGACGAAAAAAAUCUUUCGGGUGAUCUUCGAAACGAAAACCAGCAGUCGCUAGAAGCCUCUAAAGAGAUGCAAGAUGAAAAAACUAGAGAUGACCCCUCGAACAGCGUUUACAAGAAGAAAGGCUCUAAGGAUAGUGAUGGUUUCACCAUACCCGGAGCGCCAUUAUCUCGUCCUUACGAAAGUCGUGCCAUCAAAAAAUCAUCUGGUCAACUUCCACAUCUUCCACAAGAUCAAAAUUUAUUGGCCUCCCAACUCACUCCUCUGACCCCGCACUACAUAAAUUUUGUGGACGAUCUCAAGACCGAAGUUCAACCCGUCAAAACACCAGAAACUUUGGCUAUCCCCUUGACCGAAAGCAAGGUCACGAUUGAUUAUUCUAAAAUUCCCGAUAGGACGCUUUUUUUGAGCAAUCUUUCGUACAAAACUACUCGGGAUCAAAUAUUCGAGCUCUUUUCCCAGUUCGGAUCCAUAGAGCACAUUCACGUAGUUUCCACCCGAAAAGGUAAAUCCAAAGGUUACGCCUACCUAGUUUACGAUACAGCCCAAUCCACUACCAAAGCCCAAACUGCGGACCGGAUUAAACUGAUGAACCGACCGGUUUUCGUGUCUAGAUAUGGAAAGAAAUUCAAGGGAUUAUCUGGUAACGUUAUCCACAUCAAAUCUUCACAACCAUUGCCAACGUUAACAGAGGAUCCAUCAUCAUCUUCUCAAUUUCACGAUUCUCCAAAGAAAAAAUUGGAUUUAGGAGUUUCUAGCGUCUUCUUGCCCAGACAAAUUAAACUACUUUCUGUUCGCGAUAUGGAAAAACCCGCAAACAACGAAUCAAAAAUGGAGAGGAUGAUUCACGAUUUUAGCGAUCGACAAAAAAGCUAAGAAAUUAAAUAUAUAGCUACCGAGUGUCAUCUAUCACUUCACUUAGAUAUUUAUAAAUUGUAGUUAAAUACCAUGUUAUUUAUCAUAAAUUUGUUAAAUAGAAGAUUUAAAAUAAAUAUUAUAUACUAUAAAAUAUUGUGUAAAAAAAUUCCUUGUUUUAAAAAAUAUAUUUUUAAUGCUUUAAAUUGCUAUUUUUAUUCGAUUGUUAAAUAAAAUUAACGCAUGAGGCCUUAUAUACGUUACUGUUAUUACUCUUUUUUGCUCUCAGUACAGUUUGACCUGUCUCACUAUAUUCAUAUUUGUUUCAAUAGGUUUAUAUUCAUACUAUAUAAAAUAUCAAAUUUAUUUACAGCUAGAUUUAUUAAUAGAAUAAUACGAUUU